CAUCCAUAACUGCAUAAUCACUCCAAGAUAUCGAAGAUUGUUCGAAUAUGUAAAAUUACGAAAUUCGAAGAAUAAACACUGAAUCAGUGCUCAUUUGUCUUGGAUUUUAUAAUUUUUAAAAAAUUCCAUCGUAGAAUAAUUUUCAAAUUCAUUGAUUGGCUUUGUGAGUCUCUUACAGAGAUACAAAAUUUAAUAGCAGUACGAUGAACGAAGUAGAGUCAAUCAAGGACGACGUUUGUAAAACAUUACUUCAUGUCUUGAACAAAGCAGUGACUGCCUCAUCUCAGGUUCUAGAAAUUUCAGGCUUGCAAGAUCACUUCCAUUCUGCAGCUGAUUCACUUCAUGAGUAUCCUAUAUCAACACUUCUUAUUGUGGUACAUUUUAUUACAGUUAUUCUUAAAAUAAGAACAUCUGAAGGAUCCAGUUUUGCUAGUACCAAUCCAUUUGGAAGUGUUUUUUCAUCAGUACUACUUUGUUUUGCUGGUUCUGUUAUUCAAAGUUUAAUGCUGGGAAUUCCUCCUGUUAAACCAUUUGCGAAUAGCAAUCUUAUUCUCAUACUUAUACUAAUUUGGUAUUUGAUGCAUUUCUCUCCAUUUGAUGUUUUCAUAAGGCUUGUGACAUUUCUUCCAAUCAGGAUUGCAUUGAUUUUAGUUAAAGAAGUGUAUAGAAUAAAGUGUAUUCUUGUUGGCCUGAAUCUGGCUGUUUCACUAUUUCCUAAUGCUUUGUUUAUAAUCAUCGCUUGUGGUAGUAUUAGAGGUUGUGGUAGCAUGGUGCUCAAACCAUUUGUUCAUCAGAUUGUAGGACUUGGGACACCUCGAAUUGAAUUCCAUCUACCAACCUUUACUACAAAAAUCUCUAUUCUGAUGAGUUGUAUAUUCACCUUGCAAGUAAAAGGCUUGUUGGCUGUCAACCUCUCAAGUUUGUCAUUAAUUUUCACCAUUUUUAUGGCCACGUUUCAACUGCUCUUCUUCUUCACCGAUCAAACUGAUCCUCUCGCCCCCCUGGAAAAUACUCUGGCUGCGAUUUUUUUGCGUCAUCCUCAGCAAACUGCAAGUACAUCCAGCAAUGAAAGGAAAAAGAAAUCUGAUUAACACUGGACUACUAUGAUUCGAAUUAAAUACUACAUAAGCGAACAAUACCUCGAACAAUACUGAAUAGCGAACUCCUUAUUAAUCUUUGGACCACUGACCUGUAUAUGGUAGUUCAACAGGACGACUUCUGCCAAAAUCUUUACAAUAAUGUGUUUUGUUGUUAAUUAUGUCAAAUAAACAAAUAAACAGUUUCUUAUU